UUUAUGGCAUUCUCCAAACUCCUCUGCAAGGGCUGUUCCUGACCAAGAAGACCCAAGGAGACCAUCUCUGAAAUAAAGUCCGGAUGAAGAACUAAGAGGGAAAAAAUGCAUAUGGUUUUUGCUCACAGAAUGGAUAACAGCAAGCCGCCUUUGGUUGCUCCUACACUUCUGGUGCCCCUCCAAAACCACAGCUGCACGGAAAUGGCCUCCCCUCUGCUGAGCCGAGACCUGACGGAGCUCUACGAGGAGCACGGCUGGAGGAGCAAUGGAACAGACCUGCACUACAGACCAAGCCCCGGGGAAGUGGCCACAGCCAGCAUUUUCUUUGGGGCCCUGUGGUUGUUUUCUAUCUCUGGCAACUCCCUGGUGUGUUUGGUCAUCCACCGGAGCAGGAGGACUCAGUCCACCACCAACUACUUCGUGGUGUCCCUGGCGUGUGCCGACCUGCUCAUCAGCGUGGCCGGCAUGCCUUUCGUCCUGCUGCAGUUCACCACCGGCCGGUGGGCCCUGGGCAGCGCCACGUGCAAGGCCGUGCGCUACUUUCAGUAUCUCACCCCGGGCGUCCAGGUCUACGUUCUCCUCUCCAUCUGCAUAGACCGGUUCUACACCAUCGUCUACCCUCUGAGCUUCAAGGUGUCCAGAGAAAAAGCCAAGAAGAUGAUUGCAGCGUCCUGGAUCUUUGAGGCGGCCUUUGUGACCCCCGUGUUCUUUUUCUAUGGCUCCAGCUGGGACGGUCAUUGUAACUAUUUCCUCCCCUCCUCUUGGGAAGGAACUGCCUAUACCGUCAUCCAUUUCUUGGUGAGCUUUGUGAUUCCAUCCAUCCUCAUAAUCUUAUUUUACCAGAAGGUCAUAAAAUACAUUUGGAGAAUCGGCACCGAUGGUCGAACGGUGAGGAGGACAAUGAACAUCGUCCCAAGGACAAAGGUGAAAACUAUCAAGAUGUUCCUCACUUUAAAUCUUCUGUUUUUGCUCUCCUGGCUGCCUUUUCAUGUUGCUCAGCUGUGGCACCCCCAUGAACGAGACUCUAAGAAAAGUUCCCUUGUUUUUACAGCUAUCACAUGGAUAUCCUUUAGUUCCUCAGCCUCGAAACCUACUCUGUAUUCCAUUUGUAAUGCCAAUUUUAGGAGAGGAAUGAAAGAGACUUUCUGCAUGUCCUCGAUGAAGUGUUACCGAAGCAAUGCCUACACUAUCACAACCAGUUCAAGGAUAGCCAAAAAAAACUAUGUCGGCGUCUCAGAAAUCCUCCCCACGGCCAAAGCUGUAGCCAAAGACUGCAGCUAUGGUUCAUUUGACAGGGAAGCCAAGGAAAAAAAGCUUGCUUGGCCCAUUAAUUCAAAUCCGCCGAAUACUUUUGUCUGAAUUUCUCAGAAUUCCUUCAAUUACUGUUAUGCACCAGAGAUUAAAAAGUUUAACUGUAAAAACAGAAGCUAUUUAUAUAUUUUUUUCAAUCAACUUUCUGAGGGAAAUGUUUCAUU